CCAUCCAUUUGCAUUGUAAGGGGAGAAAGAAUACACUGAAACUGUUAAACAGCAAAGUAACGAAGAUGGGAAAGUCGACGGCGACGACGAAAGAUGAUGCUCAAGCUCUUUUCCGCUCUCUGCAUUCUGCUUAUUCCGCUACUCCAACUAAUCUCAAGAUCAUAGAUCUAUACGUGGUGUUCGCCGUCUUCACCGCUCUGAUUCAGGUGGGUUAUAUGGCCAUUGUUGGCUCCUUUCCAUUCAACUCCUUUCUCUCAGGUGUACUCUCUUGUGUAGGAACAGCUGUUCUUGCAGUUUGUCUUCGGAUCCAAGUAAACAAAGAAAACAAGGAAUUUAAGGAUCUACCUCCUGAGCGUGCUUUUGCAGAUUUUGUUUUGUGCAAUUUGGUGUUGCAUUUGGUGAUCAUGAACUUUCUUGGAUAAAAUUAGGUCCCGAGUUUAUUGCAUCAAAAGAUUAUAUAAACUAAAUUUUCAAUAUUGAGGAUUAGCUGAAUAUCUCUAGGCUCUUUGCUACAUUAUGCUUGAUAUGUAUAACAUUCAAACCUUUUAUAUUUGCUAAAGGAAAACUUUUAUCCCUUAA